ACCAAAACGAAUGCGUGGAUGCAAGCCCAUGUGAUGGUGAAAAUGUUAUGUGUACGAACACUGAUGGAAGUUUCUUGUGCAGUUGUUUUGAAGGAUAUGCUAACAUAUCUGGAAUAUGUACAGACGCUAUAUCUUUGAAUCUGUCUGUGAUUUUCACUCAUAUCGGUGGCCAAAUGGUGACACAAGAUACCGACUUGACUUUAACUGAGCAAGAUAAUCUAGUUACAGAUAUGAAGAACUUACUGCAAACAACCAGUUUAACCACAGACCUCAUUGACGUUAUGUUGGAAGAAUCUAUUGCGGUUACAGGAGGACUAUUAGUUGAAUUUCGCAUAGACUUAACAAAAGAAUCAGGAACUACAUAUACUCAGUUAGUGACAAUUUUUGAAAUGGCAACAAUAAGUAACAACAGAGUGCCACCAGAAAAUGCUAUAUAUGUGCCGCCAGAUGUGGAAUCACCAGUUUUGAUAUGUGGAUCCGAUGUUACAGUCGAAACAGAUACUGGUAAGGCAACAGCUACAGUAAACAUUAUGCCACCCAGUGUAUCUGAUAAUUCAGGGGAAGAGAUCGUUGCUACAAGCAGCCCAUCAAUGCCAGCAGAUCUUGUUAUUGGUUCACAUAACGUGACGUUUACAGCUACUGAUUUGGCUGGGAAUUCAGGUGUUUGUGACGUUAUGGUUACUGUUACAGAUGAAGAGUCUCCUUCAUUAGUAUGUGCAGCUAACUCGACAUUUUACACUGACUUCGGCGAAGUAAAUACUACUGUGGAUAUCCCUUCCCCCACGGUAUCCGAUAACUCAGGAGAAUCGAUUGGUAUAUCUACUGAUCCAUCAAUUCCAAGAACUCUUGGCAUUGGAACGCAUACAAUAACAUUUUCAGCUUCAGACCCGUCUGGCAAUACCGACACAUGCAGCGUAACUGUUACUGUUCAAGGUACAGAGUAAAAUAUUUGCUCUAGUAGGCUUUGACGAAUAUUCAAUCUUCUCUUAGAGUGGAUCUAAUAUAAAUUGAAGUUGAAAUCUCUAUGAUUAAAUGGUCAUAUUACAAAAUAUAGUAUUUUUUUCUGUAUUUAAAACUUGUAGAAUUUGUGUAGUUGAAGAUGUAUGAUCUAGGUGCUUUUAUUAACAAAAUGUUCUUCAGUUUAUGAUGUUUAUGAGUGUUAAUGUGUUUUGUUAAGAAAAAGUAACAUUUGAAUAGAUUUUUUCAACAGAGAUAUCAAUAUCACUUUAAUUUUAUGAGAACGAA